AUGAAGGAGUUGUCCUCGGAGCGCACCUCAGAGAGCCUACUGAGGGGUGGAGAGCGAGGGACAGGCAGGGUGUUCGUUGCCUCAGUGCCCUCCCGCGAUCGCGCACGGGUCACCCUUCGGGUGGGGGGUGGUGACCUAGCGAGCGGCAUCCUGAUCACUUACUGUCUGUCAGUCCAAAAGUCCAGGGUGUGCACUGCAAUCCAGAAAAAGAACACUGCAAUCCAGAGGUAUGGCACAAGAGUUUCACUUCACCACACAGUUUCACUGUUGAGAUGCCCCCACACAGUACAAAGUCACCACACGGUCAGUGAUGUCCCCACACAGUUCGAUGAUCCACCGGUAUUUGGUGAUAGGCGCGCUGAGGACCGCCAGGACCGCCGGGACCGCGAGGACCGCGCGGACCGCCAGGACCGCGAGGACCGCCGGGACCGGGCGCGAGGGCCGGGCGCGAGGGCCGGGCGCGAGGACCGCCGGGACCGGGCGUGGACCGGGCGCGAGGACCGCGCGGACCGCGAGGACCGCGAGGACCGCCGGGACCGCGAGGACCGCCGGGACCGGGCGUGGACCGGGCGCGAGGACCGCGCGGACCGCGAGGACCGCGAGGACCGCCGGGACCGCGAGGACCGCCGGGACCGGGCGUGGACCGGGCGCGAGGACCGCGCGGACCGCGAGGACCGCGAGGACCGCCGGGACCGCGAGGACCGCCGGGACCGGGCGUGGACCGGGCGCGAGGACCGCGCGGACCGCGAGGACCGCGAGGACCGCCGGGACCGCGAGGACCGCCGGGACCGGGCGUGGACCGGGCGCGAGGACCGCGCGGACCGCGAGGACCGCGAGGACCGCCGGGACCGCGAGGACCGCCGGGACCGGGCGUGGACCGGGCGCGAGGACCGCGCGGACCGCGAGGACCGCGAGGACCGCCGGGACCGCGAGGACCGCCGGGACCGGGCGUGGACCGGGCGCGAGGACCGCGCGGACCGCGAGGACCGCGAGGACCGCCGGGACCGCGAGGACCGCCGGGACCGGGCGUGGACCGGGCGCGAGGACCGCGCGGACCGCGAGGACCGCGAGGACCGCCGGGACCGCGAGGACCGCCGGGACCGGGCGUGGACCGGGCGCGAGGACCGCGCGGACCGCGAGGACCGCGAGGACCGCCGGGACCGCGAGGACCGCCGGGACCGGGCGUGGACCGGGCGCGAGGACCGCGCGGACCGCGAGGACCGCGAGGACCGCCGGGACCGCGAGGACCGCCGGGACCGGGCGUGGACCGGGCGCGAGGACCGCGCGGACCGCGAGGACCGCGAGGACCGCCGGGACCGCGAGGACCGCCGGGACCGGGCGUGGACCGGGCGCGAGGACCGCGCGGACCGCGAGGACCGCGAGGACCGCCGGGACCGCGAGGACCGCCGGGACCGGGCGUGGACCGGGCGCGAGGACCGCGCGGACCGCGAGGACCGCGAGGACCGCCGGGACCGAUGUCCCUAG